GCCCGGCCGGCUCUCGCCCCGCCCAGGAAGACGCGGCGGCAGGGCUGGGCUGAGCUCUCCUGAGCUCCCCGCCUGCCGGGGUCCUCUUCGUUUCCGUUUCCGGCUCUCAGUCACCGGCACGGGCAACCGAAAGUCCAAGCUGGCGGUGGCGCCGGAGCCCCAGUCCAGGUGAGGCGGCUGCAGCUCGGGGUGAGUGGUGUCGGGGGCCCAGUAAAACCGAUGGCGGGGAAGGAGGCUGGCUCGCUCCAGCCCUGCCCCUGCUUCUUGCCGGCCCUCGCCCACGCCUCGGUGCCCCGAGAUGCCCUGGAGAGCUGGGUUCCUCUUGACACGCCUCUUACACGCACUGCUCUCUGAGCUCCACUCUUGAAGGGGUAGCCGAAGGGAAGGGGCUAACCACCUUUUGCUGUUCUGAGCCCCGUUUUGCAGUUAAGGACAAUGAGGCGGAUGGUGCUCCGACUUCAGAAGGAGCCCUCUCUCGAGCAGCUAGCUGUGCGGUCUCGCCCUCCCCAAUUGAAUGCCAGUUUCGGUUUGUGCCUUCAGCCCCUCUCCAGACAUGGAAGGCCAGAUUCCUUAUGAUGAUUAUCCGGUGGUCUUCCUGCCCCCCUAUGAGAAUCCCCCAGCCUGGAUUCCUCCUCAUGAGUUGGGAUUUAACAUCCGUGGGGGAAAGGCCUCCCAGCUGGGUAUCUUCAUCUCCAAGGUGAUUCCUGACUCAGAUGCACACCGGGCAGGACUACAGGAAGGAGACCAGGUCUUGGCAGUGAAUGAAGUAGAUUUCCAAGACAUUGAACAUAGCAAAGCUGUGGAGAUCCUGAAGACAGCCCGUGAGAUCAGCAUGCGGGUCCGAUUCUUCCCCUACAACUACCAUCGCCAGAAAGAGAGGACUGUGCACUAGGAGCUGCACCCAUCCCCUGCAUGUAAACUCCACCUGGAAUACCUGACUGACAUAGGAAGCGCCUGGGAAACCCUGCACUGAACCAGACCUCAGCCUGCACUGCCCAGGCUUAUACUGCACUUUUCCUCAUUUUCUAGAUGGGUUUCAGGCCUAGUAAAGGCAAGGGAACCUUUUCAGGGUGGGGAGAAUCCCCUUCCUCUGUGCCAGCAUUGAUCUGAGACAGGGACCCCAAUGGAAACCUCCCUGAACCUCCCCCCCCCCCCCCCCCCCAGCCCUAGUGAAAUAAAAGGAAAAUCUGGA